AUGUUGAAGAGCAAGGAGAGCUACGAGAAAGGUAUUCAGCAAAGAUGCGCUAAGGCCGUUUCCGCAUUCAACUCCUUAACGAAAUGCCUGUGGUGGACUCCCAUCAUCAACGAAGUUAAACUGCGAGUCUACCUAUUCGCUAUCCGCCCUAUCAUGAUGCAAGGAUCGAUGACUUGGACAGCACCAUCUACGGCGAUGGCGAGAAUCGACUGCACGGAACGGAAGCAGAUUAGAUGGCUGCUUCGCUGCUUUUCCUGGGGUAUGUCCCAGUAA